CCGGGGCUUGUCUGUUGUUGGCUGGGAGCGGCCUGUGCGGCAACAACAGCGGCGGCAUCAUGGCUGGCAUCAAAGCUCUCAUUAGCCUGUCCUUCGGGGGAGCGAUUGGGCUCAUGUUCCUGAUGCUCGGUUGUGCCCUUCCACAGUACAACACAUAUUGGCCCCUGUUUGUUUUGUUCUUCUACAUCCUCUCUCCAAUUCCCUACUGCAUAGCAAGAAGAGUCGUUGAAGACACAGACGCCGCAAGCAACGCCUGCAAGGAACUCGCCAUAUUUCUGACGACGGGCAUCGUUGUCUCGGCAUUUGGGCUUCCGAUUGUGUUUGCCAGAGCCGCCCUGAUUGCGUGGGGUGCCUGUGCGCUCGUCCUCACGGGAAACACAGUCAUAUUUGCCACCAUCCUAGGGUUUUUCUUGGUUUUUGGCAGCAACGACGACUUCAGCUGGCAACAGUGGUGAAAAAAGAACGCUACAGAGAACUAUCAGGCAUCGUGCGUCAUUCAGUGGCCAUUCAUCCAAGAGAGAGAACGGGCAAUAAAGCGAAUGUACUGUUUCUGCAGAGAGACCCUAGGCGUAGGACGCUCUGUCGUCACUUUCCCCCUCUUUUCACAUACAGUUUUAACCUUUUCUUUGAUUUCAAACAUUUUUUAAUUGUUGACGCCAUUUUAUUUUAAUGUGGGAGCCGGAAUACUUAAAUGUGAUGUUUAAACGUUUGUUUGUUUUUUUAAAAAAAUUAUAAUGUGUUUAAAGAUACCAUUGUUUUCGGGGUUUUUUACCCUGGGUGAUUUUUUUAAGCUGUAAGGUACAAUCGUAUAACCAAACUGACAACAAGCUGAGAGCGAAGCCCUGUCAAAGGGAAGCACUUUUUUGCCACCCAACCCUAGGUGUGUUUAUUUGGAAUUAAGUCCCAUUGAAUUCAGCAAGGCAUAACUUCUAAGGAAAUGUGCAUAAGAUUGCACCUUAAGUCUCCCCCUGACAUCAGUAGGCUUAAACAUGCGCUUAAGACUCCCUCCCGCCUUUUGAGCCCCAGAGGACUUAGGGUGUGUAGCUUUGGCUCGAUUGUGCCAUGAAUUAGCAAAUGUCUGCAUGCCUGGAGAAUUUGGGGUAGUGAUGUGUGAAGGGCAGAAGAGAAGGGCUCAGUGAGUUGCUUGUUCCUAUGUGGAGCAGGGGCUGGGGAGAAUUAUGCUAUUGGUAUGGGGCAGGACAGCUUUUUACAAUAAAGGGGUUUCUACAUUCUAGUUAUUUUGGGACUUAGUGUUCAUCGUACAUACAUUUUAUUUGCAGAUGCUGUAAAUGGCAGGAGGCACCUCUCAGUAGGGGAAUCUGACGUUUAAAAAUCUCAUUUUUUAAAGAAAAACGUUUUUUGAAACCUUUCUAUUUAUAAAUAUCGUAUGCUUUUGACAUUCUGUGUCAGCUCUUUCAGUUGUACCAAAGGGGGAAAUGAACGGCACAUCCAUGGAACUACUGACUUAAUGGGCACGAGCCAGCCAGGAGUUCCCCCCGCGGGAUUCCCACGCAAAAUGCAUCCGCCCGCCUUGCGUUAUUUCCCAUGGGGUGUUUUGCGGGAGAACUUCCCGGCGGAUUGCGCCCACUGCAUUUGCAGCAUAUAACAGGAGGAUUUCUGCUUCCCUUUUUGUAAUUUAUUUUAUACACGGUAUCAAAAGGCUUUUGAAAUGGAGAGUGACACUUUUGCUGUAGGUAAUGACUUACCAGAGCAGAUCGAUUGCUGUAUUAAACUAUUGUCAAAGUUUGGCUUGUCCGGCAAAUCUUUGACUGAAGGGUGUAUUUCUUUUUUUACGUGAUUGUCAAUGUUUCAAUUUAUGCAUUAAUGUAUUAAGUGUUAGAUCAGACCCGUAGUUCUGUUAGAGUACACCACUUGUAAUUUUUCACUAUAUAAUAUUUGUUGCAUACCUCUUAAAUCGUCUUUUCUGUUCACCAUAACUUCUUACCACAUUUCUUAGCUGCUAUUCUCGGGGAGUGAUAACUUCACUGCUGGCUCUUCUGUUGGAUGUUUAGAUGCUUGUCUCUGCUAACCCCUGUGCAUUCAUCCAGAUUAGUCAGGUUGGAUUACUCGAUCCAGUUGCUAAGCAUGUUCCCUUCUUUUUUUAAUUGUCAGCUUGGGGCAUGAUCCACAAGGGAUCCACUCUGUAGUAUAGCCCAAUGGAAUCUUCUCACUCUCCUGGGCUAAGCUGCAGGCAUACGUGCACCCAGUGCACACUGGAUCCUAUUCCGUGCGAGUAGAAGCAAAUUUUCUGACCUCCCUCCUCCUGCUGCGCUCUAUUGAAAUUUGUGUCCCCCGCCCCAGAGUCAGCAGGGACAGCACAGGAGGCAAAGUGAGGGUCUGUAGUGAGUGGUCAAGAUGCUCCCCUCUUUCUGCCAGUGGAAGUGCCUUCCGCCAGUGGGAAAUCAUAGUUGGGAUUGAAGCCAUUUACUUGUAUAGUUCCUGUACGAUCCUGUAUCCACCCUUCACCUUGCCAGGGCUCUAGAGAGGACCUUGGGGAGACGAAGGGCAGCCAGAUGAGAAUAAGUGAGCCCUGUAUUGGCCUCCGGUUGCAAGUAAUGCCUAGUGUGCUGCAAGGGCGUGACCAGGAGAGGGGCACGAGGGUUGCAUUGAGCCCAUAUACAGAUCAUCUGUCACUGAUAGAGCUACCUAUGGAGGUUGGCUUGUGCACAUGACCCUUGCAAGCAUCAGAAACUGCAGUCAUUUUAAAACUCUUUUAUCGGUGCAUAAGCGUCACUGGGUUUCUGUGCAUUUUGUUUUCAACAACAUAUUAAUGUCAAGUGCAAAGCAAACUUUGAAGCCUGAUGAUCUUGACAGUGGCAUCUGUGUUGUAUCAUCAGAAUAGGAACAGAAGAUGGACGUAAGUGUGGAUUGGUUUUGAAGAGGCUGAUUCUCAAACAGAGCCGAGACCGAGAGUUAAAGAGCUACUUUUGGGGUGCCCGAGGGGAUUUUUUUUUUGGCUUCCCCUUCUUUAAACAGCACAUACCCAUUCCAUUCCACCCCAGUGUUGUCUCUUCAACAGCUUUUGAAGGCCUCUCGGUUUACGUUGCAAAUUUGUCAUCCGGCCAGGGAAGAGAGGCACAGAACUAGCUCCACAAUUGUCUGUGUCUGGUCCACGUUUUUCAAUAUGGAAAUCCCUAAGUACUUAACCCCC